CACACAACUAACCAAAGUUUCAACUUUCAAUUGCGUUUGUUAUCUUCAUAUUCUAACGUAGUUUGAUGGUAGUUUGAACUUAAGAGGAUUGUGUUGCAUUCAGAGUUUGCCGGAAUUUUAUUUUCUAUGAUAAAUUGGAGUUAGACAUUGAGCAUUCUUUCUGGUGUGUGAAGAAUUUGUUGUGUUCAAGUGCUAGCUGGUGCUAGAUUUUAGCCAGAGAGUUUAAGGGAACACCCAGUUUCUUUCACACCUCUUGUCAACAAUCUUGCCAGCUGAGCAAUUAGUCUGUCGUGCUUUGUCCUUAGAUUGAAGAUGGAGGACGUCUGCAACUUACCCUUUGAUCCAAAUGAAAUUUUCAUAGUGGAAACCUUAGAUGUCACAGAAAUACUUACAGACCCUUAUCUGUGUUUGUCAAUCCUUGGACAGGAGAACCCAGAUGAGGUGUUGAAUGGUGACGUGUUGUUGGAAUUGGAGAGCUUCCUGUUUGAUGGCCUUUCAGCAGAGAGUACAACAGGAGAUUUGUAUCAGGAUCCCCCAAAUGUUCAGACGGUCCCUGCAAGUGGACCAAUUGUCAAUAUGGAAUCCCAACUACGUCUUAAGGGCCCUGAAAAUGAUGAAGGAACCCUUCAAAUGGAUGGCUUUGGCCAAGAGCAACGUGCGAAAGCUGGAUUGUAUGAUGAAGCUAUAGCGGCCAACAAAGAGUAUUGUGCUGCGUUGAUAAAGUUCCGAGAAGAACUUAACGAGAGAAAAUCGCUGUUAGAAAAACGACAUCGCUUAUUGAAAGAAGAGAUUUGGCGUCUGAAAACAAAUGCUGGGGAAAAGACAAGAAAGGGAGAUGUCAUGAAACAACUGAGCUUUUCUAAUUUUGGAUAUCCUUAUUUUAAGGAUAAGGAUGGUAAACCUCUACCAGUAUACGAAGAAGCUCUACGUUUGAACAAAAUUCUUCGUUUUGAGCCAUCUUUCUACACCCCUAAGCCGAAAAUGCUUCCAAAACAAGAAGAAAAAUUGAACGAAGUCCUCUUGAGGCAUUUAAUACGAAUCGCCUUAAACAAACUGACGAGUGAAAGAGAGAACGUGAGGAUUAUUUUGACGGAGAAGGCGGCUAAAGGGUUCCCGCACAAAACUUUAUCGAACAAACUUGAAAGUUUUGAUAAACAGAUCAAAGAAGUAAAUGUGAACCCAAAAAAAUGGUUUAAAGAUCCAGCUGUGUUUAAUCUAAUCGACUGGAAGGAGAUCGCCUCGGAGGUGUUCCCACAUCAAAUUGGCUACGAUGGAGUGUUCGUUAGGAGAUGGUGGAUGGGGAAACUAGAUCCUAGCUUCAAGAGGGGUCAGCUUACGGCCAAGGAAAUCGAUUGUUUGAAGAAAAUUACUAAAGACUAUCCUGAAGAUCAAUAUAUGGACUUUCAAGCCAUAGCGACACAAAUAUCUACGGAAACAAAAGUAAGAAAACGACAUGUUUUUCAACUGUUCAAGUAUUACCAGACGAGGUUGAACGGAAAAAACCGCAAAUUUCGUUGGACUAAGGCGGAAGAGGAACGUUUGUGUGUUCUCCAGAAGGAAAUGGAUCCCAACAUACUCAGACAAGAAAAGUGUAAAAGGCUUCGCUCGGCUUUUCCUGGGAGGUCUGUCUCUCAAAUGGAGACAAAACUCCGCAGACUUUCCCCAACACCUGCCAAGUCACCGUCCAGAUGUCUUCCCGCUGCAAUCAAAUCAGUUGUAACCCCGUCGAAAACACCACGUGGGCGUCCGAAAAAGCCCGAAAAGUCAGCUAUGCAUCUGCAGAUCGCCAAGUUGUGCUCUCUCUACAAAUCCAUCCAUCGGGGAAACCGCCGUAAAACAUCGCUCCCAGGCGACGGACGUCGUAAUGGAUUGAUAUUAAGUGCCAUCCAACGACUGUUGCCAUUGAAAACCGAUCAAUGGAAAAUCCCCCGCGAGGCCAGCGAAUUGGUGGCAGCUGGAGUUGCCGAGAAGGAUCUUGGAGCUGUUGAGGUUAUGCUCAGUUUUCCGGAGUCCAAUCUUAAUUCGAAGAUCAGUUUUCCGCCCAAUUUGGCCUCUCUUACUGGUUUAAGAGGACUAAUGAUCAGUCUAGAGAGCACAAGUCAGUCUGUUGAUGUGGAAAUUGAACAAGGAAUCUCUGAGACGGAAGUAAACGAAAUCUGCUGCUUGGGAGAUCCAGUUGAGGAUCAAAAAGUGCUGUUUGCACUUGAUAAGUGCUUUGGAUCAUGGACCAGACCGUUUCUGGAUAUCGAGGCUCCUGUUGAUGAAAAAAAGUGAAGAGUCCAAGAAUAGAUUCUAAGGCUUUGACUAAGUCUGGUCAAAUAGCAGCCCGCGAAGGACGCGACUCGUAUUUUGUAUAAAUUUUCGUAUGUAUUUACGUCUGUAAAUUUUUUUCUUUUUCAAAAUUCUUGAAACUGAUAACUGUUUUCAUAAUUUUAAAAACCCUUGUCUAGUGCAUGGUCAAAAUUGAUUUCUUAAACAUAAAAAUUUAUUUUUUUUUACAUUCUAGUUUUAUCUUAUUAGCUACUUUAAUACUUCACUUAUACAAAGGUCUUCUUGAAUAGCCUACUCGAUAAAAUCAUAGUCCUAUUAAACUAGAUUUUAUCCCCGCA